UGGAAGAUUGAAACUAGAAAUAGGUUGAAAGAUAUGUUUGGCCACCUGUCUGUAAUUGGAGCUCUGAGCUGGAAUCAUUACAUUCUGAGCAGCGGUUCAUGACUAAUUUCUAUUCAUCACCAUGAUGUUCUGGUUGCUCAGCACCAUGGCUGGUGCUGUUUUUGCCAAAACAAAAAAGGCAUUUGCAGCCUGAAAUGGUUACUAACCAACCAGUUGCUGGCAGAUGAGUCUAGUGGUGGUAUAUUGAAUAUCUGGCCUAGUGACCCUAGUACCAAAGUCCCUGCUACAGGAGGUGGAAUGAAAGAUGGGAUUUUCAGUGUCUGGGAAAUAAAUUGUGAGAAAAUCAUCCAAAGUGCAGCUACAGAUUCUCAGAAUUUUAAAUUGCAAUGGAUUUGUUCUUUGAUCUGGUUACCCAAAACCAGCGAACUGAUUAUAGGACAAAGCCUUCUUGAAAAUCGGAUGAAAAUAUGGAAGUAUCCCAUACUUUUCAAUUCAUCAGAACUCUAUGUUUUGGAUGCCUCCAAAGACUACAUCUCAAGCUCUUCCUUCAAAAUCAUUAUAGACACUGAAUGGACACAGUGUAGAGAAUUCACUGAACCUCAGAAAAGGAGAGUCUUGCAUAUAGCCCUUAGCCCAGAUCAGAGCAAGCUCCCUUCUGCUGCAACAGAUGGAAUGGCUUGUCUGUGGAAAUGCCAUGAAUCUGUGGAGAGCAAACACAGCAGCAAGGCUUUUUAA